AGUCAACUCAGCUGUCAUGCAAGGCCAAGUGCAGCUUAUAAAAGAGAAUGCUGAAGUGUUGGGUAUAUGCAGUAUGAAAUUCAUUCUAGAGUCGAUUUUUGAAUUGCGACAUUCAAGAUGAUAAAAUUAAUUAUUCUAUUGGUUGUCUGCGUUAUCGCCAAACAGGCGUACGGAGAUGAGCCUGAAGCUAUAGUGGGUGGCAGCAUGGCAUCACCUGGACAAUUUCCACAUCAAAUCUCUCUUCAGUACGGGGGUUCUCAUAUGUGCGGGGGCAGUAUUAUUGGCACCAGACAUGUCCUCAGUGCUGCUCACUGUGUUGAAAAUAUGAAUAAGGACCAGAUGAAAGUUAUGACUGGCAGUAUCUCUUCGCGCAGAGGCUCCGGUCAAACUUAUGAUAUCCAGUGUAUUCAAAUACAUCCAGGUUACACUGGGAAAUCGGCUGACGGCUGGAAGGACGAUAUAUGUUUGAUCACUCUGACAAGACCGAUUACACUAAGCAACGUCCAAAAUGUAAUUCCUCUAGCCACUAGGGAUUAUGCUACUGGGAGUUAUCGCGGUAUAAUUAGCGGAUUUGGAUGGACUAGCCCAAAUUCGGGUGUUUCGCCUAACCUUCUAUUCACCUCAGUGAAUACUCUGAGUAGGCAAACAUGCUUAAAUGCACACCCGAAAAGAGAGAAUAACGCAUUCACCAAUGCAAACAAUAUUUGUACCUUCGAAGCUUAUGGAAAAGGUGCUUGCUAUGGUGACAGUGGCGGUCCUCUUGUUAUCAAUGGUGAGCUCUGUGGUGUUGCUUCUUGGGUCGUCCCAUGCGCCCUGGGUGCGCCUGAUGUAUUCACUGCUGUUUUCCCAUAUCGGAGCUGGAUUAGUCAAUCUCAACAGAGGUGCAUGAUAAAAUUAGCUAUUCUGUUAGUUGUCGGCGUUAUUGCCAAACAGGCGUACGGAGAUGAGCCUGAAGCCAUAGUGGGUGGCAGCAUGGCAUCAUCUGGACAAUUUCCACAUCAAAUCUCUCUUCAGUACCGCAAUUCGCAUAUUUGCGGGGGCAGUAUUAUUAGCCCCCAACAUGUCCUCACCGCCGCUCACUGUGUUGAAAAUUUGAACCAGAAUUCCUUGAAAGUUAUGACUGGCAGUAUCUCUUCGCGCUGGGGCUCCGGUCAAACUUACGAUAUCCGGUGUAUUCAGGUACAUCCAGGUUACACUGGGAAAUCGACUGAUGGCUGGAAGGACGAUAUCUGUUUGAUCACUCUGACAAGACCGAUUACAAUGAGCAAUGUCCAAAAUGUAAUUCCUCUAGCCAGUAUGGAUUAUACUAGUGGAAGUUAUCGCGGUAUAAUUAGCGGAUUUGGAAAGACUAGCACAAAUUCGGGUGUUUCGCUCAACCUUCUAUUCACCCCAGUGAAUACUCUGACUAGGCAAGCAUGCUUAAAUGCACACCCGAGAAGAGGGAGUAAUGCAUUCACCAACCCGAACCAUAUUUGUACCUUUGAGGCUUAUGGAAAAGGUGCUUGCCAAGGUGACAGUGGCGGUCCUCUUGUUAUCAAUGGGCAGCUCUGUGGUGUGACCUCCUGGGUCGUGCCCUGCGCCGUAGGUUACCCUGAUGUAUUCACUGGUGUUUGGCCAUAUCGGACCUGGAUUAGUCAAGCUCAACAGAGAUGUUGAUCAUUCGAAUAAUUACAGUCGACCGGCGAUCUAUAUUCCAUGCUUACUUCCAUUUAUAUUCCGUCUAUAUUAUCUAUAUUCCAUUACUUUAAAAUUCUCAAUGUAUAACAUUUCGGUGAAAUAAUUGGUAUUUUCCCUCAGAAUAAUAUAAAAAUGUAAAAGAAACAAUAAAAAUUAAUCAUAUGCAAAAUAAA